UUCCAACUUUAUUUUUAGCUGGCAGUGGGAGGGGGCAGGAUGGGAGGGUAACUAAAGGAAACAGAAAAGGAGAGGGACACAGGCACAGAGGACUUCUUACACGGACAGACAACAACCAGGCAUGGAGCUGCCCCUCAUCCCUCACCUGUUCUUGUCCCUGAUGUUGUUAACAGGUCUCUGCUCCCCCUUUAACCUGGAUGUGCAUCACCCACGCCUAUUCCCAGGGCCACCUGAAGCUGAAUUUGGAUACAGUGUCUUACAACACGUUGGGGGUGGACAGCGAUGGAUGCUGGUGGGUGCUCCUUGGGAUGGGCCUUCAGGUGACCGAAGGGGAGAUGUUUACCACUGCCCUGUAGGGGGCUCCCACAAUGCCCUAUGUGCCAAGGGCCACUUGGGUGACUUUCGACUGGGAAAUUCAUCUCAUCCUGCUGUGAAUAUGCACUUGGGGAUGUCUCUACUAGAGACAGAUGGUGAUGGAGGAUUCAUGGCCUGUGCCCCUCUCUGGUCUCGUGCUUGUGGUUCCUCUGUCUUCAGUUCUGGGAUAUGCACCCAUGUGGAUGCUUCAUUCCAGCCCCAGGGAAGCCUGGCACCUACUGCACAACGCUGUCCUACAUACAUGGAUGUUGUCAUAGUCUUGGAUGGCUCCAACAGCAUCUACCCCUGGUUUGAAGUUCAGACUUUCCUGCGAAGACUGGUAGGAAGACUGUUUAUUGACCCAGAGCAGAUACAGGUGGGCCUGAUACAGUAUGGUGAGACCCCUAUACAUGAGUGGUCCCUGGGAGAUUUCCGAACCAAAGAAGAAGUGGUGAGAGCAGCAAGAAACCUGAGUCGGCGGGAAGGCCGAGAAACAAAGACUGCCCAAGCAGUAAUGGUGGCCUGCACAGAAGGAUUCAGUCAGUCCCGUGGGGGCCGACCAGAGGCUGCCAGGCUACUGGUGGUUGUCACUGACGGAGAAUCACAUGACAGAGAGGAGCUUCCUGCAGCACUGAAGGCCUGUGAAGCUGGAAGAGUGACACGCUAUGGGAUUGCGGUCCUCGGUCAUUACCUCCGGCGGCAACGAGAUCCCAGCUCUUUCUUACGGGAAAUCAGAGCUAUUGCGAGUGAUCCAGAUGAAAGAUUCUUUUUCAAUGUGACAGAUGAAGCUGCACUGACCGACAUUGUGGAUGCAUUAGGAGACCGGAUUUUUGGUCUUGAGGGGUCUCAUGGAGAAAAUGAAAGCUCCUUUGGCCUGGAAAUGUCUCAGAUUGGUUUCUCUACUCAUCGGCUAAAGGAUGGGAUUCUCUUUGGGAUGGUGGGAGCCUAUGACUGGGGGGGGUCAGUGUUAUUAUGGCUUGAAGAAGGUCACCGCUUUUUCCCUCCACGGACGGCUCUGGAAGAUGAGUUCCCCUCUGCAUUGCAGAACCAUGCAGCCUACCUGGGUUACUCUGUUUCCUCCAUGAUUUUGCGGGGUGGACGACGCCUCUUUCUCUCAGGGGCCCCUCGGUUUAGACAUCGAGGAAAGGUCAUCGCCUUCCAACUUAAGAGAGAUGGGACUGUGAGGGUCGCCCAGAGCCUCCAAGGGGAACAGAUUGGCUCAUACUUUGGCAGUGAACUCUGCCCAUUGGAUACGGACAGGGACGGAACAACUGAUGUCUUACUUGUGGCUGCUCCCAUGUUCCUGGGACCCCAGAACAAGGAGACAGGGCGUGUUUAUGUUUAUCUGGUGGGUCAGCAGUCCUUGCUAACACUCCAGGGAACACUUCAGCCAGAACCCCCCCAGGAUGCUCGAUUUGGCUUUGCCAUGGGUGCCCUUCCUGAUCUGAAUCAAGAUGGUUUUGCUGAUGUGGCUGUGGGGGCACCCCUGGAGGAUGGGCACCAUGGAGCCCUGUACCUAUAUCAUGGGACCCAGAGUGGAGUCAGGCCCCAUCCUGCACAGCGGAUUGCUGCUAUCUCCAUGCCACGGGCCCUCAGCUACUUUGGUCGAAGUGUAGAUGGCCGGUUAGAUCUGGAUGGAGAUGACCUGGUAGAUGUAGCUGUGGGUGCUCAAGGGGCAGCCGUCCUGCUCAGCUCCCGGCCCAUUGUUCACCUGGCUCCUUCACUGGCUGUGACUCCGCCGGCCAUCAGUGUGGUUCAGAGAGACUGCAUGCGUAGAGGCCAGAAGGCAGCCUGCCUCUCUGCAGCCCUUUGCUUCCAAGUGACCUCCCGUACUUCUGGUCAUUGGGAUCACCGAUUCUAUAUGCAGUUCACAGCAUCACUGGAUGAGUGGACAGCAGGGGCCCGUGCAGCAUUUGAUGGCUCUGGCCAGAGGCUGUCCCCUAGACAGCUCCAGCUCAAUGUGGGGAAUGCUACUUGUGAGCAGCUGUACUUCCAUGUGCUGGACACAUCAGAUUAUCUCCGGCCAGUGGCCUUGACUGUGACCUUUGCUUUGGACAACACCACAAAGCCAGGGCCUGUGCUGGAUGAGGGUUCACCCACCUCUAUACAAAAACUGGUCCCCUUCUCAAAGGACUGUGGCCCUGACAAUGAAUGUGUCACAGACUUGGUGCUUCGAGCUAACAUGGACAUCAGAGGCUCCAGGAAGGACCCAUUCGUGGUUCAAGGUGGUCGGCAGAAAGUGCUGGUGUCAGCAGCACUGGAGAACAGGAAGGAAAAUGCCUACAACACUAGCCUGAGCCUCAGCUUCUCUAGAAACCUCCACCUAGCCAGUUUCACUCCUCAGAGGGACAGGCCAGUGAAGGUGGAAUGCACAGCUCCUUCUCCUCAUGCCCGUCUCUGCAGCAUAGGACAUCCCGUCUUUCAGACUGGAGCCAAGGUGACCUUUCUGCUAGAAUUUGAGUUUAGCUGCUCCUCCCUCCUGAGCCAGGUUUUUGUGAAGCUGACUGCCACCAGUACUAGCUUGGAGAGAAAUGGAACCCUUCAAGAUAACACAGCCCAGACCUCAGCCUACAUCCGAUAUGAACCUCAUCUCCUCUUCUCUAGCGAGUCCACUCUGCACCGCUAUGAGGUUCACCCGCAUGGGACUCUGCCAUUGGGUCCUGGCCCCGAAUUCAAAACCACUCUUAGGGUUCAGAACCUUGGCUGCUAUAUGGUCAGUGGCCUCGUCAUUUCAGCCUUCCUUCCAGCUGUGGCCCAUGGGGGCAAUUACUUCUUGUCACUGUCUCAAGUCAUCUUUAACAAUGCAAGCUGUACAGUUCAGAACCUGACUGAGCCCUCAGGGCCCCCUGUACAUCCAGAGGAGCUUCAGCACACAAACAGACUGAAUGGGAGCAAUACUCAGUGUCAGGUUGUGAGGUGCCACCUUGGGCGGAUCGCAAAAGGGACCGAGGUCUCUGUUGGACUACUGAGACUGGUUCACAAUGAAUUUUUCCAGAGGGCCAAAUUCAAGUCUCUGACCGUGGUCAGCACCUUUGAGCUGGGAAUUGAGGAGAACAGCAUCCUACAGCUAACUGAAGCUUCCCGUUGGAGUGAGAGCCUCCUGGAAGUGAUCCAGACCCGUCCUGUCCUUAUCUCCCUGUGGAUCCUUACUGGCAGUGUGCUGGGAGGGCUGCUACUGCUUGCUUUUCUUGUCUUCUGCCUUUGGAAGCUUGGCUUCUUUGCCCGUAAAAAGAUCCCGGAGAAAGGAAAAAGAGAAGAGAAAUUGGAACAAUGAAUGUACAAUAAAGUCUAAGAAAGUCCUCCCUGGAAGCAUCUCCAAAAGACUUGCAAAAGAGUGGAGGGUUGAGGACUCAGAGGGGAUAACAAUAAGUCUCUGGAUUGUCUCCCCAGACCUGAACCCUGACUUGACUUUUGAGUCAUGAGGAAGCUGCUGGCAAGAGAUGAGGCCUUACCUCAGACAAGAAAGGCUAGCACACAAACUAGGAACACUCCCACUGCCUGCUUUCCUCCUCAUGAUCCUGGUUCCACAGCCAACACUGGGGCCUUUCUCCCUAUCCUCAGGAAUCAAAAUUUUUUUGUCUAGGUCCCUGACUCCUUUCAGAUUCCCUCUACAUCUGGAAAAGAUGACCGUUAUCUUCCUCUAUUCCCAGCCUCUCACUUUCCUGUCUGCUCCCCACUCCACAGGAGGGAGCUGACGUUGGCUUGUAAGAAGUAAAGUCAACAUCUGCUGCUUUCCUCUGGAGUCUGGCCUUUCAGAAAGCCAGUUGGGGAGAGUCAACAGGAAAAGAGGAGGGAGCAGGAAAAGC